AUGCUUGUAAAAAUUGGGUACUAUAUUCCACCACAGCCUCAUCAUCACUAUCAAACAAGACAGCAACAUACUUUACACGAGGAACAGCAACACGCUCAUUUACUAAUGAUAUCAAAUAGUUCAUCUUCGAUCACGAAUGAUGCAGUCGAAAAUGAUUAUGACCAAAAAGUACCUGGAACCGUUGCAUCAAUGUUAAAAUCUCAACAACAACAACGAUUGUCAACAAAUCGAGUUUUAAAAGUUCGACAAGCUGUAGAUGCUUAUUUACAUUUAAUUGAUAAUUCAAUUAUAUCAAUAUUUCUUCAAGAUGAUGAUCAAUAUCGUCAUGCUGAUAAAUAUUUAUUAGCUAUGGUUCUUAUUUAUUUGAUUCGUGCAAAAUUACGCGAAAAAGAAUAUAGCAGUCAAUGUUUUUUUCUUGCAUUAUGGUUGGCUCAUGAUAGUGUUGAGGAAGAUUUACCAUCGAAAUAUUCCAUGUUACCAUGGGCAUUUAAUGGUAUUUCAAACUAUAAACAAUAUUUUCGACAAUUUUUAUUGAAGAAAAAUGAUUUAUGGGCAAGAUUAAAUUUUCGAUCGAGAGUAUCAAAAGAAGAAUGUGAUGAACUAAUUUUGAUUCGUCCACAACAUUGGAUAUGGUCACGCGAUCGAAGUAAAUUAAUUAAAUCAUCGAAAAUGUCAUCAUCAAAUCGAACAACACCGUCAUAUUCAACCAUAAACCCCUUUUCAGUUUCUUCAUCUGAAAAAAAGUUUAGUAAUGAUAUCGAUAUUCACUCUCCUAUUGUUGAGAGUAGUUUAGGUGUUGAAAGUGAUCUGAAAUUAUCUGAAAAGAUGACUGUAGUCACCUAUGAACCUGGUUGUACAAAUCAACUUGUUCCGCGAGUAACUUUAAUGGAUAUUGAUAAUAAUUCAUAA